GCCGCCCCCGCUGAGCGCCCAACCCGGGAAGCGCCGGCCCCGCUCCCCGGCCCGGCCGGCGCCGCUCCCUCGCUCCUUUCCCUCUGUCUGCUUUUCGCUUUGCUUUUAUUUUUGUUUGCUUUCGUUUGCUUUGGUUUGAUUUGUUAUUUCGGGUUUUUUUUUUUGUUUGUUUGUUUUUUUGUUUUGUUUUGUUUUGUUUGCUUAUUUUUUUCUCCCCUAAGUCUUGAAGUUGAGUUUUAGAGGCGACACGGCGGCUUCAGCCGAUUUCUUCCCCUUCCUUUGCCUCCCCAUGGAUAUGCACUGCAAGGCAGACCCCUUCUCAGCAAUGCACCCAGGGCACGGGGGUGUGAACCAGCUCGGGGGCGUUUUUGUGAAUGGCCGCCCCCUGCCCGACGUCGUCCGGCAGCGGAUCGUGGAGCUGGCUCACCAGGGGGUGCGACCCUGCGACAUCUCCAGGCAGCUGCGAGUCAGCCACGGCUGUGUCAGCAAGAUCCUGGGCAGGUAUUACGAGACGGGGAGCAUCAAGCCCGGCGUGAUCGGCGGCUCCAAGCCCAAAGUAGCGACCCCCAAAGUAGUGGAUAAAAUCGCCGAAUACAAGAGACAAAACCCCACCAUGUUCGCUUGGGAGAUUCGGGACAGGCUACUGGCCGAGGGCAUCUGCGACAACGACACGGUCCCCAGCGUCUCCUCCAUAAACAGGAUUAUCAGAACCAAAGUUCAGCAACCUUUUCACCCAACACCAGACGGGAGCGGGACAGGUGUGGCUGCACCAGGACAUACUAUUGUGCCCAGUACAGCAUCCCCUCCCGUCUCCAGUGCCUCCAAUGAUCCAGUGGGCUCUUACUCCAUUAACGGGAUCCUGGGGAUUCCUCGGUCGAAUGGCGAGAAGAGGAAACGUGAUGAAGAUGUAUCCGAGGGCUCCGUUCCCAACGGAGACUCCCAGAGCAGCGUGGACAGUUUGCGGAAGCACCUUCGUGGCGACACUUUCACCCAGCAGCAGCUGGAAGCUUUAGAUCGAGUUUUUGAGCGUCCUUCUUACCCUGACGUCUUUCAAACAUCAGAGCACAUCAAAUCUGAGCAGGGUAAUGAGUACUCCCUCCCAGCUCUGACCCCUGGUCUCGAUGAAGUCAAAUCAAGUCUAUCCACCUCUGCUAACCCAGACCUGGGGACAAAUGUGUCAGGACCCCAGACGUACCCUGUGGUGACCGGAAACACUUCCCUCUGCAAGGGGGGCAAAGCCAGCAGGAGAGCAGCACUGCCCUUCCUUCAUGGAAUGCAGAUUCCCUUAGCUGGAUUGAAAGAAAACCUCUCCUCUCCCCUCAGUAUAAAGCAAGAGCCUCAUGGAGCCUCUCUCACCCCUUUCACCCCCACCACGCCGGUCGGCUCUGGGCAGGCUGAGCUUCAGCCCUUCCACAUGACCCUUUCAGACGAUGCGUCCACGCCUUGCUACAGUGCCUUCCUUCACCAUGGUGCCCACUUUGGGCAGUCCAGCAGCCAGCCUCUGAUAGCAGGUCGUGAUAUGGCAAGCACUACCUUGCCUGGCUACCCACCCCAUGUUCCCCCAACUGGACAAGGCAGCUACCCAACCUCAACUCUGGCAGGAAUGGUUCCUGGGAGCGAGUUCUCAGGGAAUCCCUACAGCCACCCUCAGUACACAACCUACAAUGAGGCCUGGCGGUUCAGCAACCCUGCAUUACUAAGUUCCCCUUAUUAUUAUAGUGCCACAUCCCGGGGCUCCGCACCUCCCACUGCUGCCGCUGCCUAUGACCGCCACUAGCUACCAUGGAAACCACAUGAAACUGCAGGGUGACAGCUUAGGCCUCCAUAUUGUACCUGUCUGACCCAUCCCUCCGCCCCUGGGAAGGUGAAGAGAGCCUCGCCGUGCCUCCACGAUGCGCACCUCCCUCUCCACCACUCCGAGCGCUCACCAUGCCAGACUGAGAACCCCGUUCUCCCUGCAUCCCCCUGCACCCUGAGGCACCUCAGGAGCCUUCCACAGCACCUCGGCACAGCUCGACCUCCUGCACUCCCAAGACUUGAGGGGAACUGGCAGCCAUUGCCUUGUGGGACCCCGUUCUCCUGGGAGCGGUAUGGGCAGGGGGAAGCAGGGAGACAGCUGCUCACAAAACACUGAUCCCCAAAGAUACGCUCCUCUGUGGUGAACUCUUCAGAAUGCGUAACCUGUCUGUGACCAUCACCCUGUUUCCCAGGAUGGAAGGAACAGCCUGGCUACAGCAGAGAUGGUGGCACUAAGCCCUGCCCAUCUGGCAAACAAGAGAAGGACCAAGUGACUUUCUGUUACUCCCCACGCACCUCAUCCCACCCCCCGGCAUGGCUCCUGGCGCUGGCUGCGCCCUGCGCGGUGCCCUUGAGGCCAGAGCUGGGCUGAACCUCACUCACACCCACAACUUCUGUGACACACAAUCAGCUCAGACAGGAGGAUGGAGCAACAAUUACAAACCAACCGACGAAAUGAAGAAAUAUAUAAAUAGAUAUAUAAAUAUAACUGUGUUUUUAUGCUUUGUCAUGAAGGUCUGUAAAAAGGAAAAAAAAAAAAAGCAACAAAAAAAAACAAAUCCCCAAUUUUCUAAAAAAAACCCAAGCAAACAAAAAACAACAACAACAACAAAAAAAUCCCAUAAAAUAAUAAUUAAAAAACCCUACAAAAAUAAAACUCCAAGUCUCACCCCUCCCCGCCACCCGAAUGGCAGACCAGUUCCUCUGACGCUUGACGCUUCUCUUUCACUCUUGGGUUUUGUUUCCUUUCUGUUUUGCACUACAAUGGGAUGGUGGUAUUGGAGAGGAUUGGAUACCAGCUCCACCCCUGUCGCCUCCUCCUCCUCCUUCCCCCUUCCCCAAAUCCUGUCUCUGGGGAGCAGUGUGGACAAGUCACAUCUGACAAAGUUACCAAACACAUCAGUCGACAAAAAGCUCUCUGAGUCAACAAAUGUUUUCCAUGUCACUGGUUGGCAAACAAAGAAAACAAGCCCAGCUGCACUCUAACUGCGCUUUGUGGUGGAAAGGAAAGUGCGGGGCUUCACGUGGGCCCAUCUAAUUGCCCUCCGGACAGCUGAGACUGAGAUGGACAAAUUCAGGAUUGGCUGGGAUUAUUGCUUGGUUCCCUAGCCCUUAGGCUCCUCUCCUUUAACCCUAAUCCCCGUAACCCAUGCCUACGUCCAUUCACCCACAGCCCAGUUUCACAGUUUUACAUAUGUCCAGCACCCAUUCUCCAGAUCCCUAUAGCCUGGUGACAACAGCCUCAUUAUCUGCAUCCAACACCUAAUUUCCCAACCACUGCAGUCUUGCAAUACAUGCCCCUCUGCAAUUUCCAGUCCAUCUGCUCAUACUCCUGAUAAUUUAUGGGCCUACAUUCAAAUCCAUAUGUCCACAACCUUCCAGCCAGUCCCAACAUGCAUCAUCAUCUUUUCAUAUUCAGCCCUAUAUUGUGCACCCUAAUAUUUACCCUUUAUCCCAAAUGCUCACCUGAUGAUUCUCUAGGGAUUUUCUGCUCUUUUUGGCUCCCAAGUGACUAGCAAACACUGUUCUGCAAAAGGCUGUCAAUAGAAAUGCUUAUUACUCCUGUAUUGUCAGCAAACUCAUAAACUGUUCCUUGCACUGACACUUCUUAAAAAAUACUCAAAGAAAACAUGAAGGCAGCUAUAGCCUGUCCCCAGGGCAUCAAGUCUGCCAAAGCAGAUCCUUGUUGUUUUAGAGAGAUUUCUGAUAAAACGAAUAGGCUACUGUCCAUGGACAAAGACAGGAUUGAGAAUCGAAACCUCAAAGGGCAUAAAAGCAAAUGGUAUAGUCCGUAUAGCCAACAUUAUGUAUGAAAUCCAAAGUUCCCAGCCACUGAGAUGUGGCUGUGGACUCAGCCUUCUGUUUUCAAGUUUAACUUGUAUGUAUGAAAGCCACCAUCACUAAACGGCUGUGUUGAUCCCGAAGGCCCCUUUCACCUAACACUUGUAGCCCUUGCAUGGCUCUAGCUGAUUAUAGGUCUGUGUCUUCUUUAACGGAAUGCCCAAUUGAAAAGGGUAUGGGGGGGAGGGGGGUGUUUACAUAGAAGAUAAAGAGCUACAAUCUGUUCCUGUACAGAAUAAAGUCAAAGAGGUUACUUUCUGAUCUACUAUUUAAAUUGUUAUUCUGCACACCUAACCUCUGAGUAACCUGCUGCAAAUAGAAAAGUUGUUUCACUGUCACUGAGACCACAAUUUGGCCCAUCAUCUCAUUUUAUUCUACAUGAGAAGCAAAAAUCAGAGUAAUGUCAAAAAAUGUACCACUCCUUGUUUUCCUCCACAGACACCAGACAGAUGCUGGACCCUGUUCCAUAGUCCCACUUUAAGUCCCUCAGUACAGCCCUUGCCCUACCCAUGCUCAGGGCCAUGAGCAGUACACAUCCCAGUACUGACCACUAGAACUUCCCUGAGGAGGCUCAAGAAAAGGAAAUGGUUACACCUCAUGUUUAGCAACCUGCAGCCCAGGGGCCACCUUAAUUGAAGCUAGCAGCUCAGAAAUGCUCUUUUUCAUAAAGGUAUUUCGCCGAACAUGAGACAUGAGAUAGGUCACGAAAGCUGGAUUUGGUUGGCUUACCCAUGGCUGGUUUGAUCUGACCCUCAGAGGGACAAAUUCACCAUUGGUGCAACUCUGCCGAUAAAAGAGGACUUCCACCAGGCGUUGGGUUGGUUUGGAAAGUACCUAAGUGCAAGUAGUUUGAUCAGGAAAAUCAAAAGGAAAGCAGAAUUAUGCAAAGGACUGGGCAGUCUAAUCCUCUUCCACCACCAUCUGUAGACCCCCAUGCGAAUGUACUGAAUUACAUUUGCCAAAGAGUUUCUUGUGUUGAUUGUUUUGAUUUACAGUCGGUGGAUGCAUUGUAAAGCAGUAUUAUAGCUAAAGUCUAGUAGCUGACACAGGGAUUUAUGUGGUGAUAUUAUGCGGAAGAAAACCAUCAAUAUUCAUAUAGAUUCCAUUAGACUGGACUAUGCAGGAAACGCAAAAAUUUACCAAUUAUUUAAUAUUAUGUUAUUUGCAAAAACAAUUGCUGCUUUGUAGGAAGAUAAUGUGUGUAAUGUGAAGGCAAUUCCUCUUGUAUAUAAGUUCAUCUCCAUCUUCAUCAUGGUAGUUAUUAAAACAGCCUCGUCUCAUCCUGUA